UUAGGGAAGACGUACUACAUCUCUAAGAACAAUUACAGUACGGCCGCUGACGCCGAGGCUAUGUGUACAACACUGUGUGCACAUCUCGCUGAGAUAGACGAUAAAUCAGAAGGCGAUCGAGUCAUCGCAAUGAUGGCGAGGCUAGACACUUUUGGUCUACUUAUAGGCGGGAAGGACAACAUCAAGGAGGGGCAUUGGGUGUAUGACAGGACAGGAAAAAGCGUCAAAUACUUCGACUGGUGCACCGGGGAACCCAAUAAUUACGAUGAUGAAGACUGCAUGGGCUACGAAAAGCACAGAUCUUGCAUGUUGGACUUUCCUUGCUUGUAU